GGAGCGGCAGUCUUUACGCACGGAGAGGCAGUCUUUACGCACACGGAGCUCCCCGGAGCGCAGCAGGAGCGAGAGGACUGGACCCAGAAGUCAGAGAUUCUGAAGAGUUGUGUUAUUUUCUGUACGAUGUCUGGACUCACUGACAAGAAGAGUAGAUGAUUCUUCCAGCCAACACCAGGCAUGAUUCUGGUUUUGUCCUAGCAUCACCCAGACACACGGGACUGACCCUCUGCUAGAAAUUCCAAAUGCUGGCUGACCUCUGACCUCUCUUCACUAUGAAUGUCCGUGUGCAGGGCGGAUCUCAGCUCCACUACGGGCUGAACGGAGGUGCAAGUCAAAACUCAAGAGCAGGAGAGGAGGACGGUCUGCAGUUUCUGAGCCAGGAGGAACAAGAGUGCAUCCAGUUCUUUGAGGACACCAUCGAGUCAUUGGAAGAGAGUCUGGAGGAGGACGACUCCAGGUCUGCACACCGAAAGAGCCAUGAAAGCAGCCGGGUCGCCGGAGAAGAGGUGGAUGGACUCCUUACCUCAAGCCCUGCUAGGGCUACUGUGCCCUCUCACCAAGACAUUAUAGAUCUCGUCCACCCAGCACCAGACUUGGUGCAGACCAGAGAGCCGAUCUUUAACCCCACCAACCCAGAUUUCCAGCAAAUGGUGCCAACUCCCAACAGCCACUUUGAGAUAAAGCCAAGACGAGAUAGCCUGCCAUCAGAGUACAACCCUCCCCUACCAAGUGGGAGUUAUGGGCCAACAGACAGCCAGUCGUACCACCCUCCAGGCUGUAUUCCUACCCCUGUUCUGAUUGCCCACCAGAUAGCUGAGAAUCAGGGAGGCGGAAGCUCGAACUUCCAUCCUUCUUUAUUCCUUCGUCGUCUCAGCCUGGAAUCAGAGAAACAAGAGAGUGACGGUGCAGAUCUGUCACCAAAGCAUGGUCCUCCUAUCUCUGUGAAGCCCACUCGCUUCCCUUCAAAUAUCAGCGUGAUCCUCGGCAGUAAGGAGCACCAGAAGCAACCUGCCGCCAAUGUGAACAUCCAGGAGAGACGGGAUCAGAUGCUGGCUAACCUGUCCGGUACAUCCCACCAUUUCCCCCAGGAAAAUUCCCUGGCAGCUGAGGAACAGAAGGCUCGAAACGUUCCCACCCGUAGUAUUUCCUUUAAGGACCCUUCCCCAGAUAAAUCCAGGAUGGAAGCUUUGUCGAAGCUGGGCCUUACAAGGAAUCGAGCAAUGUCCGGAGAAACUCCGAAUACCAACUCAACGGAUCCCCUCAAAGGCCCGGACAUCACUUUUACACCUCCGGAGACCAUUCGUCCCCCAGUGACGCACAGCAGCUACUCACCAGAUCCCAAUGUUGUGAUACCACCCCCGAACUACAUUCACGCUGACAGAAAACCAGAGAUUCCGCAGACAUACUCCCAAAGGAGCCACAAUGAUAGGAGCUCCCCACUAAAUCCAUCAUCUCCGACACUCACAGAAAACAGGCCUCUGGAAAUCAAGGCCUCUUCCCCUCCUCCAACUGAGAUGACUUCUUUGGAAUUCAACAACUAUGGAGGGAAAUCCAUUGUGGUUAACCCGGCUGUCUCGUCAAGGAGUGAACCUCCAAUCUCCCCGACUAGCCACGAACCCAAAAUCCUCCCAGCUGCACUGUCUAACCCAUCUGAGCUUAACACCUAUGGUGGAAAGACCAAAGUCAUGACCCCUUGCCCAGCAGCCAUGACCAGGACCAACUUGCCUGACAUCCUGAGCUCCCAUAUCGACAAGAGUCAAGCCACGCCCGUAAAACCAGAGCCGGCCCCCGCUGAGCUCAACAGUUACGGGGGAAAAAGUCGAAGCAUAAACUCUGCCGCUGGAUUAAAUCGUGGCUCGAGCAUCCCGGCCAAGAACUUCAAAGCUGCACCCCCUACUCCGGCCCCGAGGCCUCCCCGCCAUUCCUACCACGGUGGUCUUAGUCCUCAGAAAGCAGCGGCACGGGCUCCGUCUCCUGAUCACAGGCGGAGUUCCAGGUCCAGUUCCAUGUUCCGUUCCCAAGGGAUCACUGUGCAGUUCUCUGGACGAGGGGAGAUGGACGAAUCCCGCCGGGAGGCGCUGAGGAAACUGGGGCUGCUCAAAGAGUCCUGAUGAGUUUUCCACUAAUUUACCGUGCGGUUCCGCUGAAGACCACGAGUCUUUGGCAUCUACCUGCCGCCGGUGAUGACAUUUUUCCACUUGUCUUAGUGAGAGGCAUGAUGAGGAAAUGAAGCUAGCCUCCUGAUUGACCUGCAGAACCUGUUCUUCACUUCCUGUGCGAUAAUCUCUCUGUGAAAAAAAGGCCUGCCUCCAUCAAAUCUCAUUCAAGACGUUGUAGAUCUCCGCGAGAGAUCUUCGAAACUGUCACGCCAUUAAAGGACCCACCUGUUUCAGGAUUCAAGAACCACUUUGCCUCGUGGUUACCACGCAUCCGAUUGACUGUGAGCCACUGUAACACGGGCAAAGGGAAGGGGGAACAUAUGUUAUCCCAUCUGUCUGAUGGGUUUCUCAGCAUCUUUAGAGCUCCUGACCCUUCCCCACAGGCUCAAACCCACUGCUACCUAUUGACGACUGGAGCCUUUUCACAGAAAUGAAUUUGAUUAUUUUUCUCUCGGCUCUUUGACCACACAUAUUUUUAAAAACAAACAUUUAUAUCUGAGAGGGGAUUACCAGCAUCCCGCUCAUGUGUUGUUUGGUCAGAAUGUCAGCUUCUGAAAACAGGAAGUCAGAUCAGAAGUCAGAAGUUAGACUGAAUCUUACGAAAGGCUGCAUUUUCCAUCUUCUCCGGGAACCUCGGCAACCCGGGGCUGUCAUGUAGCCGCUCCUUUGUGGACAUUUGUUUGGAAUUGCACAUCUGUUUAUAGCCAUAGGACUUUAAGGGAGCACCUUCCAUUUUAGAUGCGAACCACCUGUUGGUCCGCCUCCUUGUUGCGAUAACAAUUUUGCUUUUAAAUAACCACAUGGGUAAUCAAACGGUAUCCAGUGAACCAACCCAGAUUACAGGAGUUAUCAGUAAUGCAGUUCAGGAAUGUUUCAUAGAUGGCCAGUAAAAAUGUUUAAAAUGUUUGGAUAUAAUCUAAGUUCUCUUGCUAAAGUACAAAUUAAGCAGAAAUGAUUACUGUUCUUAAGAUUUGAAAUAAGAUUAAAUAGCUUUUGAGCCACAAAGGUAAUAUAUGUGUUUGGGGAUAAGAGUUUAAUUUUAUACUAUUUAGACUAAAAUGGUUGUUUGAUAAUUUGUUUACAUGAGAAAAAAUAAUGAAAAAUCUUAUACUUCUGUGAUGUUUUAUCACGUAGAUUGCUAAAUCUUCAUUUUUUAAAAUUGAAAACAAAUAAGAAAUCUGUACUCUUAGUGGAGAUGAAUUUGUUGUGUUGAAUAUUUUGAGAUUCUGCGUCACUUCUGCCGCAGUACAACAGGUUUUGUCUUUGUGUGUUCGCCAGCUGUCGGCAGUGUGUAUGAUUUUCGUUUUGGUUCGCUUUGGGAAAAGGUUUAUAGCACUUUUCUGCAGAGCAAGUUUCUUAUCAGAAGAUCCAACAAACUAGACAUUCAGUGGUACAUACCCCCACCGUACUCCGGGAAUCACAUGUAGGGGAACAACAGAGCUGCUGAUUGGAUGUUUUUGAGGCACAUGAAGCCCAGACGAGCUGAAGGGUAUUUUUACUACGCGGAGAAAAACCUCUCACACCAAACCACAAACUGGUGGGAAAGGUUUUUGGGCAGGACGUUUGCAUUUUACCAUGUGGAGGGAGUACUUUAAAAGAGCUUUUUAGGGACGGACGGGCACAUUGUUCAAAACGCCAGCAGUAAAACCACACAGUCUAAAAAUACACCCUGGGUUCCUUUUCUUUUUCAAACUGUUUUCAAUAACUUUGCUGUUUCUGAUAUUUGAAAGUUUAUUUAACUGUUGUAACUAUGUUUGUACAUACGUAUGUGUGCCUGUAUGUGUAUGUGUGUGUGUGUG